GACACCUUGAACGAAAAGGACAGCACAGAUGUCCACCAGCAGUCUGUUGGCGAGAUUAAAAAUCAAAACAGAGGAACGACAUAGGAUUCCUUUGUGCCGCUUGCAUCUCGCGGCUCCUCCGAGCUUUUCCUCCGUCCUCUCUCGCCGCGGGCGUGAAUGAGGCGGACCGGCGUCGGAAAGGGAGGGGUCCUUUGAUCGCGGGGCUGCCGGCCAGAUGGAGCCCUGCUGCGUGGCCACCAUGGGUGAAGUGUCGAAGAAAGCAUCCACUCGGAAUGUGGCGGUGGAGAGGAAGAACCUCAUCACCGUGUGCAGGUUUUCAGUCAAGACCCUCUUAGAGAAAUACACGGCCGAGCCCAUUGAUGACUCAUCGGAGGAGUUCAUCAACUUUGCGGCCAUCCUGGAGCACAUUCUCAGCCACUGUUUCAAAGGCUCUGGUCGCUGGUUCGAUGGCCAGAGGAGUUUCUGGGAUUUCAUUCGACUGGCUUGCGCCAAACUGCCAAACAGCUGCAUUAGCAGCAUCGAGAGCAUGGAGAACAUCAGCCCCUCACGAGCAAAAGGCCGAGCCUGGAUAAGAGUGGCACUGAUGGAGAAGAGGCUGUCAGAAUAUAUAGCUACUGCCCUGAGGGACUCUCGAACGACAAGACGCUUCUAUGCAGAGGGAGCCAUCAUGCUAAGAGAAGAAGCCUCCGUCCUAACCGGGAUGCUCAUAGGCCUGGGAGCCAUAGAUUUUAGUUUCUGUCUGAAAGGGGAAGCCUUGGAUGGGAAAUGCUCCGCAGUUGUGGACUACACGCCGUAUUUGAAAUUCACACAAAGCUACGACUACGUGAGUGACGACGACGACGAGCGGCAGAGCGUCGACAGCAGCACGAGUGACGACAGCAUCCCCGAGCAUCCUUACGUGCCUCUGGUCACAGACGAGGAGAGCUGGAGCACAAAGUGUCGCAAGAUGGAGCAAAGGUUCAAGAUCGUUCACGCGCAGAAGGGUUACUUGGAGGAGCUGGUGCGGCUGCGCGAGUCCCAGCUGAAGAACACCGAGGUGGAGAACAAGAGGCUGAAAGCCCGCCUGGAUGAGCUGCACGGUCAGAGUCACCAGGAGAAGAAAGAGCUGGAGACUGUCGUCCUCGAGCUUCAGGAGCAACUAACAAGUUUGAUUCCGUGUGACAGCAGCCACUUGGCCAAGAACCUGACCAUCCCGCUCGUGAACCAAUGGCCUCUGCUCGAGCCGUACGACAGCCAGGACCACGUCAAGCUCUUCCGCAGAAGGAGUUUCCCCAGCACAGAGCUUCUGUCAGUGGAGAUUAGCUUGGAUUCAGACCCUCUAAGGCCGGAGGGGAAGCAGAACGGAGGAGCCUGGUGCACAGAAAAGGACUACACCCCUUCCCUCAUGGGACUUUGCGGCUCCUUGGGCUCCCUUCCAAGCUGCAAGUCUCUAUCAAGCCUCAAGUCCAGUGAGUGCCUGGUCCACAUCAGCACAGAGAACAGUCCUGCCCUCUCUCCCAGCUAGGGGCCGCCAAAACCAACGCUCCCGUCCGCUUUCCAGACACUGAAAGACAAUUCGGCGUGAAACACGACGUCAAAAUAACGCCUCUUGAACUCUCACCGCUUUCCAUCCCUCUUUUGACUUAUGCUAUUUUUAUGAACGAGUAGCAAGACUUUCCAAGAAAAAAAAUAAAUAGCUGGAGUACUGCCCUUCUUCACUCAUAUCGUACGUACACAUCGACUGACAACUGUCAACCAGGCGUUGUUGUCGUCUGCAUACAUAUUUGAAGAUAACUGCUAAAAACGUGCAAAGACUGAGAGCUAUGUCGUCCACAAUUCUGAAGAUAAAG